CGCAUGACACUGUUCAACGCACAUAGCACAAAACGGAUACUGUAACCUGCGCACAUGUAUCAAGAUGCAACCAGCAACACUGAAGUAUGCAAUUUCGGACAUCUCGCCCAUGCCCCGAGCCUGGUUAUUGUUAAUGCAAUGCGUAGAGGAGCUCAACAACAUAGAUGUUACAGUUCGACACCGUGGGCUGGAUGGCGAGGGCUGUGAGGGCACGUACGGCAGCAUCACCUUCCGCUGCCUGCUGAAGCUGGUGUGGGACUGCGUGGCGCACGGCGACCUGCCCAACCCCCUACUGGCGCCGCCGCCGGCGUCGGCAACGGCUGGAGCAGGAGGUGCCAGCAUAUGCGUCGGUGGUGGCUUGUAUGAGGACCAGGAAGUGAUGGCACGGGGCGGGGCGGCGGAGGCCAGCAAGCCGGCGCAUCACGGCGGCAGGGGCGCUGUGGAGGAAGGCGGCGUGUCGCUGGCGGCAGUGCCGCAGCGGCCGGGCCGCCUGGUGGACUUCGGGGCGGGCACCGGCAGGGCGCUGGUGCUGCUGCAGUGCCUGAACCUGGUGGAGGCGGCGGUGGGCUUCGAAGUGGACUGCACCAAGGUGUCCAAGGCUGAGCUGUACAUGACGGAGCUGGUGGCGGCGGCGGCGGCGGCAGGCCGCAGGAGCUCGGGCGCAGCGGGCAGCAGCGGCGGGAGUGCAGGCGCAGGGGCGGGGGCAGGGAGCAGCGCCGCUGGGGGAGGUGGUGGUGGCGACAGGCCCUCAAGCCCUCGACUGCACGGCGUGCCCGUGGUUGGCGGGAUUGGUCGGGGCCGGGGUCGGGGCCGGGGCCGGGCACGGGCGAGAGGCCGGGGCCGCCGCGGCGGGCGAACAGGCGGCACCGCCACCACCACUGGGGGCUCUGACGAUGGCGACGACUCCGCAGCCGCGCCGUCAGCCGCGCCGUCAGCCGCGCCGUCAGCCGGGCCGUCAGCCGGGCCGGCCCCGCCCCCGCAGCCCCAGCGGCUGCACGUGCUGGGCGACCUGAGCCUGCGGCCCGACGUGCCGACGGUGAUCCAGGCAGACCUGGUGCAGCUGACGCCUGAGGCGCUGUCCGCGCACUCGCCCAGCUGGGGCUACGCCUUCUGGGCGGGUGUGCCGCCCGAGGCACAGGCGGCCAUAUGGCGGCUGUUCAUAGGCUGCGACACCAUGACCACGCUGGUGCUGGUGGGCUACGGUGACCGCUCCGCAGCCACCCUGUCCCAACUCAUGGCCCAGUGGGACCAGGGCCAGGGCCCGCUCACCGGGGCGCGGCGGGCAGUGCUGCGGCGCGUCAUCUCCAAUGUCGCGUCAAUGGGUGGCAACGGCUGCUACUCAGCGUUCGUGCUGCGCAAGUGCGCAGUGGCGCCGCGGCGGGCCGCGGUACUGGUGGCGUAGCAGUGCACCACUUGAUCCGACAGUGGCGGGGGCGUGAGGCCUCCCGCCCGCCUAUCUAUCAGGCACAGACAUGGGCCACACGCAAUGACGGCGGUCAUGCGCGUCGUACAUGCGCGUCGAGGAAAGUAAUGGAAGGUCUGGCUGCACGGUUUCAGGUUGGGGCUUGUCGGCAGUGCGAGUGAUGCCGUGUGGCCCCCGCCCCUGCGCAUGUGCCUGCCUGCCUGAGAGGAGAGGACAUGCAUUGGCCCCUAGGUGGAUGGGACGUGCCCACUGGGGCCCUGCUGGUGCUUGCCAGUAUGUGAUGCAAUGCAGCGGAAUGGAGUUAGCUUAUGCCGGCGCUCCCUUCGUCCCCAGUUCUCCUUGCAGUUCUCCAGUUGCGCACUCGGAGCCUGAGUCUGCUGAGUCUGAUUUAUACAGUGGUUGGGGCGGCUGUAAUCUUGUUUGGGGCUUGUCGUCUGCCAUCACUCGCGAAAGAUCUCCGGUGUGACUGAGAAAUGCUUGGGCCUUGAGCAGUUGAGCUUGUCAUUUGUUCUGUGUGGAGGCCGAAGCAUACCAUCCAUAUUGGCUGCGUCAUGCCCAACCCCGACCCCGCCGCCGUCUGGACUGGACGUCGACACUUCAAACUUGUGAUUUAUUCACUCCGUUCCCCAUGAACGGCUAUCCCCCCUGGAACUGAUGGUUUCCGCUCGAGCGCAGCAAGUUGUCGGGGAACCAAGGUUUCCUGCGCUCGGAGUGUGCACAGUUGUGGGCCCCGAAGGGGCGUGGCGUGUGUGUGUUUGUUGUUUGGGGCCCAUGCGCGGCAUGGGCGGUGGGCCCGGUUAAGUAGCGGAGCGCUGUGUCGCGCUCGCUACUUUGCGAGUUUCGUUCUGUCAGUACUGACGCCGUCGUCCCUGGCUACGCUCUAUCUUUGCGUGGCUACACGGCGGUUCGGGCUCGCCCUCCCAACCCCGCACGAAGACCGCACUUCUCUGCUUGCAGGUACCCUCUCCGGCGGCGGAGCCGCCCUCACAAAUUGUAACACGACGCAAUG